UGGGAGCUGCCGCCGCCGCCGCCGCCUCCACCGCCGUCUCGGUAGCCGCUUUCGCUGCGCCGGAGCCCUCAGCAAGUGUUCAUUGAGGGCGUAUUAUGUGCUGACACUGUGCCCGACGCUGGGGAUGCAAAGCUCCGUCGGGGCCAUGUCCGAGCGAGAGGAGCGGCGGUUCGUGGAGAUCCCUCGGGAGUCGGUCCGGCUCAUGGCGGAGAGCACGGGCCUGGAGCUGAGCGAUGAGGUGGCGGCCCUGCUCGCGGAGGAUGUGUGCUACCGGCUCAGAGAGGCCACCCAGAAUAGCUCUCAAUUCAUGAAACACACCAAACGGCGGAAGCUGACCGUCGAGGAUUUCAACAGGGCUCUCCGAUGGAGCAGCGUGGAGGCCGUGUGUGGUUAUGGAUCCCAGGAGGCGCUGCCCCUACGCCCUGCCAGAGAGGGUGAGCUUUACUUCCCUGAGGACCGAGAGGUGAACCUGGUGGAGCUGGCCCUGGCCACCAACAUCCCUAAAGGCUGUGCCGAGACAGCUGUGAGAGUUCAUGUCUCCUACCUAGAUGGCAAAGGGAACCUGGCCCCACAAGGAUCAGUGCCCAGCGCUGUGUCUUCGCUGACUGAUGACCUUCUCAAGUACUACCAGCAAGUGACCCGGGCUGUGCUGGGGGACGACCCACAGCUGAUGAAGAUUGCUCUCCAGGACCUGCAGACUAACUCCAAGAUCGCAGCACUGCUGCCUUACUUUGUCUAUGUGGUCAGUGGGGUGAAGUCUGUCAGCCACGACCUGGAGCAGCUCCAUCGGCUCUUGCAAGUGGCCCGGAGCCUGGUUCGGAACCCACACCUGUGCCUGGGGCCCUACGUCCGCUCCCUGGUCGGCAGCGUCCUCUACUGCGUCCUGGAGCCGCUGGCUGCCUCCAUCAACCCUCUGAAUGACCACUGGACUCUUCGGGAUGGCGCUGCCCUCCUGCUCAGCCACAUCUUCUGGACCCAUGGGGACCUUGUGAGCGGCCUGUAUCAGCAGAUCCUGCUCUCGCUGCAGAAGGUCUUGGCAGACCCUGUGCGGCCUCUCUGCUCUCACUACGGGGCUGUGGUGGGGCUGCACGCCCUUGGCUGGAAGGCAGUGGAACGUGUCCUGUACCCACACCUGUCCACUUACUGGACAAAUCUGCAGGCUGUGCUAGAUGAUUAUUCCGUCUCUAACGCCCAGGUUAAAGCAGAUGGGCACAAGGUUUAUGGAGCCAUUCUGGUGGCCGUAGAGCGACUGCUGAAGAUGAAGGCCCAGGCGGCAGAGCCCAACAAGGGGGGCCCAAGCGGCAGGGGGUGCCGGCGCUCGGACGACCUGCCCUGGGACAGCCUUCUUCUGCAGGAGUCUCCCUCCGGGGGCAGCGCGGAGCCAGGCUUUGGGUCUGUCCUCCCGCUGCCGCCAGGAGGCGCGGGGCCGGAGGACCCUUCCCCGUCGGUGACCCUGGCGGACAUCUACCGGGAGCUGUACGCCUUCUUCGGGGACAGCUUGGCCACCCGCUUUGGCACGGGUCAGCCCGCGCCCACCACUCCGCGGCCGCCCGGGGACAAGAAGGAGCCGGCGGCCGCCCCGGACUCGGUGCGGAAGAUGCCGCAGCUGACGGCCAACGCCAUGGUCAGCCCCCAGGGCGACGAGAGCCCCCGCGGCGGCGGCCCCGCGUCGGCCUCUGCGCCCGCCGCCUCCGAGAGCCGGCCGCUGCCGCGCAUGCACCGGGCGCGGGGGGCGCCCCGGCAGCAGGGGCCCGGCGCCGGCACCCGCGACGUCUUCCAGAAGAGCCGCUUCGCCCCGCGCGGCGCCCCCCACUUCCGCUUUAUUAUUGCCGGGCGGCAGGCCGGGAGGCGGUGCCGCGGGCGCCUCUUCCAGACCGCCUUCCCCGCGCCGUACGGGCCCAGCCCGGCCUCCCGCUACGUGCAGAAGCUGCCCAUGAUCGGCCGCACCGGCCGGCCGGCCCGCCGCUGGGCGCUCUCGGACUACUCGCUGUACCUGCCGCUCUGA